GGGCGUGGCUUAGCGGCUAUAUGUGAGCGGAACAACCACACCCGGCUUCAGUUAUUGGUUCCGAAAUUGCUGAGGGUUUUGCUGUUCAUAGCGACGACUGCUGAGGUUGAGCUGCUCCAAGAUGGCAAAGUCAGAGGCACCGAUCUUUAGACAACUGUUUGAGUCACAGAGCUGCACCUACACCUACCUGCUUGCAGACAAAGCCUCCAAAGAAGCAGUCAUUAUCGAUCCUGUGCUGGAAACCCUCGACAGAGAUGUGAAACUUGUGCAGGAGCUCGGACUCAAUCUAAAAGUUGCAGUGAACACCCACUGCCAUGCGGACCACAUAACCAGCACUGGGUUGAUGAAGAAAAAAAUUGCGGGGCUGCAGAGCGCCAUCUCUAAACACAGCGGUGCCAAAGCAGACAUUCAGCUGUCAGAUGGGGAAAAGAUCACCUUUGGAAAACAUCAUCUGACCGUGAGAGAGACACCAGGACACACUAACGGGUGUGUAACCCUGGUGUUAAAUGAUGAGAGCAUGGCUUUCACUGGGGACGCUCUGCUCAUCAGAGGCUGUGGCAGAACAGACUUCCAGCAGGGUUCUCCUAAAAGGCUUUACCAGUCAGUCCAUGAGAGGAUCUUCACUCUGCCUGAGGACUGCCUCCUUUACCCAGCUCAUGACUACAAAGGCCAGACAGCUACUACAGUCGGUGAGGAACGCAAGCACAACCCCCGUCUAACCAAGAACCUGGAGGAGUUUGUGAAAAUCAUGGACAACCUGAAUCUCCCAAACCCCAAGAAAAUUGACGUCGCAGUGCCUGCUAACCUGGUUUGUGGAUUGCAUGAUGUCUAAGGACGGAUGGGCAGAGCAAAGCAUUCUAAUAAAUCUAGUGACAAAGUGCUCAACGUUGACUUUCGCUUUCACCAAUGCUGAUCAUACUUCAUUCAUUUGUUCGAUUUUAUCUGCAGAGGUUUAUACUGUAGAUGCCAUUACUACUGCAUCUAUUAAAGCUGUUUUUUAAUUGUUUAUAAAGAAAAAACUGCCAUAAAAUAUAUUGUAAAUAAAAGAACAAUCUGUAUAAUUGUGGGGAAAACACUAGAUGUUUUGUAUGUCUUUAAAGAUGUUAGUGUAGUAGUGUUCUUGAACGAUAGAUGGUGUUUCUCUGAUGGAAAACUGAACCAUUUGUGCUUCAUUGAGAUUUGGAUUAUUAUUAUUCUGCAUAUUAACAUGUCUGCUGAAACACAUACCCAUUCUCCAUAUGCGGACUGUUAAUAGCCAGCACCUUUUUGCAUAGCAGGAAAAUAAAUCUACACUAUUUGCAUUCAGUCA